AUGGCUGACCGUCCUUUCUCCUCUCCACCACCGUCCUCAAUUCUUGUCAUAGGCGCAGGCGUGUUUGGCCUGUCUACAUUUCAUGCCCUCCUUACUUCUCCUCGCUACGCACAAACGAAUCUUACCCUCCUAGACCCGUAUCUACCAUCGUUAUCUGAUAGAGACGAUGAGGCAGGGAAGAAUGCAUGGCAGAACCCACACGCAGCCUCCAUCGAUUCCUCGAGGAUCGUGAGAGCCGACUAUGCCGACCCAGCAUACACAGAACUCGCAGCUCAGGCGCAGGAGAAAUGGAGGGAGGGGAUUGGCCGUCGAAGAAGAAAAGUCCAGGCGAAUGACAAAGGGUCAAAUGUCACUGUGGGAGGAGGCGAAGAGGAUGCUGGAUUAGAGGUCGAUGGCCAUGAAGAAGAAGAAGAAGAAGAAGAAGAAGAAGCAGGGAGGGUGUACCACGAGAGCGGCCUUCUCGUGACUUCCACCAACUCAGGUAGCGACUACGUCGACAGCGCUUGCAAGAAUUGUGAAGAAGUGCUGGGUGUGAAGACCAUACAGCUGAAAGGGGAGACGGACAUCAGAAAGGCCGCCGGCCUUCCCUCCACCUUUGAGACUGCAAACGGUAACAUCGAAGGAGAAGAAAGCGCAGUAGGCGACACUGGCUACCUCAACCGCCAUUCCGGCUGGGCAAACGCCAGCGCCGCCAUGGCAUCCCGGAUGUCCCAAGUCCUCCAUCUUGCCAAAGCCCGCAACCUCCACCCCCACCACCAAUCCUCCCUCUCUCGCUCCCCUUCUCCCAUCACCUUCGUCCGCGGCCAAGCCCACCGCCUCCUCUCUCUCCCCUCCCCCAAUCCACACGGCCGCAGAGUGCAAUGCACAGGCGCCGCCCUCGCCCUCGCCCCCGCCCCCCACAAUGGCGAACGCAGCAUAGAAGCAGACCUAACCAUCCUCGCCGCAGGCGCAUGGUCCCCCCUCCCUCCUCGACCUCCGCGGGAGAGUAGAAGCGAGUGGGCAAGUAGUCGCGUACGCGCCUCUCACGGCGCCGGAAGCGGAGGGUUUGAAGGGGAUGCGCGUGCUGCUGAAUCUGGGAACGGGGAUGUUUGUCAUACCGCCCACGCCUCGAGAAGGCGGAGGGGGAGGAGGAGGGGGAGGGGGAGGGGGUGGGAGGUGAAAGUCGCGAGGCAUGGGCAUGGGUAUGCUAAUCCUGUGAGGGUGGUGGUGCCUCAUAUUCCGUGUGGGGCUGGUGCUCUUGGUACUACGGAAAGAGGAGCAGAGGUGACGAUGGUGGGAAUUGAAGCCUCUGUACCUGCGGCGACGUUCUCCCCUAUCCCGCCUGAGGGUGAUAUUGCGCUACGGUCGUUCUUGCGCGGCCUCUUCCCUGCCACAAGCCACCCUCUCAUCCCUUCUGAAAACUCCCAGCCUGCUCACCUACCAAUACGCUCCCGCCCCUGGCUCCAAACGCGCAUCUGCUGGUACGCAGACACGCCCACUGGCGACUUCUUGGUCGACUUUCACCCGGCUACGCAGAAAAGCCUGAUGGUGGCGGGAGGGGGCAGCGGGCACGGGUUCAAGUUCUUGCCUGUGCUGGGGGAGAAGGUUGUGCAGAGGAUUGAGGGAAGGCUGGGGGAUAGGCUGGGAGAGAGGUGGAGGUGGAGGGAAGGGGUUGUUGGUGGAGAUGGGGGAUGGAAGGGGGAUGGGAGUCGAGGGGGGAAAGAGGGGAUGGUAUUGAGUGAGGAGAUGGAGAAGGGUAGGUGGAGGAGUAGGGAUGGAAAGAGCAAGCUGUGA